AUGGUCCGUAUCAAGUAUAGAUACCUGCUCCUCAACAUCCUAUACCCAGGCCAAAGCGCAACUUCAAAAUCCUCCGCACCAUCCACACUAUCCUUCUACGCUCCCACACCCGACCAUGUCGACGCAGGCCGAUUCGUCACACACCUAAAGACCCACUUGACCCUUCUCUUCGGCGAUUUUGGUCUCGGUGUCUCCCUCUCCGCUCUGAAAGUCGUAUACUUCUCCGCAGCGACUUCGACUGCGAUCUUGCGCGUGCCGCGGAACCAUCAUCGAAUCGUGUGGGCUACACUUAGUCAUAUCACUGAGUUGCCGGGACCUGCUGUGAGACGUGGCGGUGGUGCAGGAGGAGGUGGAGGAGCAGGAGGGUCAAGUGCGGCCAGUGCAGGAAUACCAUGUGUGAUUCAGGUCGUGAGGGUUAGUGGGACAAUUCGAAAGGCGGAGGAGGAGUUGAUUCGAAGAGCGAGGAGGCAGGUUGUGAGGGCGAAGCUGGCUGAGGGUGGUGGUAGUGCUGCGAAACUGCUGUCGAGUUUUACGGGACGAAAGACUCAAUCUGGCUCUGAUGCAGCUGUGGUCGAUGUGUCGAUGCGAUCCAUUGAGGAUUCGAGUGGUGGUGAAGAGGACGACGAUGACGAGUCGGAUUGA